GGAGGAAAGUUUUUUUUUUUUUUUUCUUCCUCAGGACAGUGAGCUGCGGAGAUUUGUUCUACUAUGAAACUUCCUUAAAGGUUAUUGUCAACACCUUCAGAAAAGUUGGACUUUUCCCAAGCAAGCGCUUGCUUGCGGUGAUUUUUCUCUCCCUCUUUUUUGUGUUGUUUUUUUUGGGAACGGGGGGAGUCGAGGCCGGACGACAACAUAGAUUCCUGUGUGGAGAUAUGCGCUUUGUUACAUUUACAAGUAUGCAGGCAGGGAAAUACGAGGAAAAGCUGCCUUUUAUUGCAUAUUUUGACAGCUAACACACCUUGAAAGAGAAGAAAAGUCAUCGAGCCGCACACUUAGAAUGACUCGGGAUAACUUUUUCUGAGUGUUGUUGAGUUCUCUCAGAUUUCCUGCUGCGUGUCAGGGGUCUGGGAUUUGGCUCAGCUCUCUUUUUUUAUUUUCAAAGUUUCUCAACGCAACUUUUUUUUUUUUUUUUUUAUUAUUUUGGGACACUUUUGAAAAGUUGUCAGACUUUUUGCGGAGCGAUGGAUCCGAGCCAGCACAACCCCCCUGCGGGACACCAGAUCGUCCACGUCCGGGGCGACUCUGAGACGGACCUGGAGGCGCUCUUCAACGCCGUGAUGAACCCCAAGGGCACCAUCGUGCCCCCGUCCGUGCCCAUGAGGAUGAGGAAGCUGCCCCAGUCCUUCUUCCACCCCCCAGAGCCCAAAUCCCAUUCCAGACAAGCCAGUACUGAUGGCGGUAGUGGAGGGGUGCUCACCCCCCAGCACGUCCGUGCACACUCGUCCCCGGCCUCCCUGCAGUUGGGAGCAGUUUCUGGUGGCUCCCUGUCUGGGAUGGCCUCAGCGGGGGCCUCUCCUCAGCAUCUCCGUCAAUCUUCUUAUGAGAUUCCUGACGAUGUGCCCCUGCCCCCAGGGUGGGAGAUGGCCAAGACCACCUCUGGCCAGAGAUACUUUCUCAACCACAUUGAUCAAACCACCACUUGGCAGGAUCCUCGCAAGGCCUUGCUCCAGAUGAACCAGGCUGCCCCUCCCAGUUCCUUGCCAGUGCAGCAGCAGAACCUCAUGAGCCCAACAAGCGGACCCCUUCCUGAAGGCUGGGAACAAGCUAUUACAUCAGAGGGUGAAAUUUACUAUAUCAAUCAUAAGAACAAGACCACAUCCUGGCUAGACCCGCGACUCGAGCCCCGCUAUGCGCUGAACCAGCAGAGGAUCACCCAGAGUGCCCCGGUGAAGCAGGGAGGGCCGAUGCCCCCCAGCACCCUCGGCGGAGUCAUGGGAGGCAACAACCAGAUGAGGCUGCAGCAGAUCGAGAAGGAGCGACUCCGCCUGAAGCAGCAGGAACUCCUCCGACAGAGACCACAGGAGCUGGCUUUAAGGAACCAGCUGCCCACCAGUAUGGAUCACGAUGGCACCAACCCCGUGUCCUCCCCCAUGGCUCAAGACGCCCGGACCAUGACCGCCAACAGCUCCGACCCAUUCCUCAACAGCGGGACCUACCACUCCAGGGAUGAGAGCACAGACAGCGGCUUGAGCAUGAGCAGCUACAGCGUCCCUCGCACUCCAGAUGAUUUCCUCAACAGCGUGGACGAGAUGGACACAGGGGACCCUCUCGCUCCCUCCAUGGCAACGCAGCCCAGCCGUUUCCCUGACUACCUGGACGCCAUCCCAGGAACAGACGUGGAUCUGGGCACCCUGGAGGGCGAGAGCAUGGCGGUGGAGGGCGAGGAGCUGAUGCCCAGCCUGCAGGAGGCCCUGAGCUCCGACAUCCUCAACGACAUGGAGUCCGUGCUGGCAGCUACCAAGAUCGACAAGGAGAGCUUCCUGACUUGGUUAUAGAGGACGCCUCCCGCCUCCCGCGCUCCUCGCCCGUACACUCUGAACUUCUGCCUGCUCGAAUCUGUGAAGGAUUCAUACAUGCUUUUUACAGGACAUUUCAGCGAGCCUCUCUGGACUUCUGCAUCCCUCGGCGUGUAAGGCCCCACCUCCCCUUCAGGCAGUAUUGUUCUGUUCUUUUUCACUGGUGUUUUAUCUGUUAAUUUUGUCUGUGUCUUCAAGGCUGGCCUAUGAGCAGACAAUUAUGCAAGGGUCCCCCCUUACAGGUCCUGUCAGUGAAUCUAGGGGCUUAUUCAGCCAGAGCAAAGCCGGACUGGACAGAUACAUGCGCUCUUCUGCGCGGACUGCCACGCUAGCUCAUUACCACCUCCCCGGAGCCCCUCUUCCUUGCAGCAUAGCAUGAAGCCGCACUGCAUAAUUGUGUUUGGGACUGUUGCAUUUAGUUAAGUAGCUUUAUAUUUGGCCUCGAAACGUAUUCUUUCUUUUCUUACAAGCCUGAGAAACCAAAAAUGAUGUAUUCGAAGCAUGAUGAACAAUACUGAUUUGGAGUAAAGGUGACGCGAGGCCCAGUUUUGGACAAGUUGGUUUGAAAUUUUUGGAUGG